AUGAUGAGAACUAGAUGUAAUAAACACAAACAAUAACUAAUCCAAUUUAUUUGUUUAUAAGAGGAUUGUCAAAUUAAUAAAUUAGGAUGUAUAAGUUGUUUCCCAGAUCAUGACGGUCACACUAAAAAAAUUAUGGAAAUAUAGGAUUUUAUUGAAAAAAUUUAACAAAAGGAUAAAGAUCUUGAAUUAAAGUAUCUAUAACUAAUUAAUUCAAACUCAGUGAAGAAGAAUAAGGAAUAAAUAAUCAGAUCUAUUUAAUAAUAAUGCAAAGCAAUCUAAAGUAGAGCAUUUAGUUUUAUUGAUCGUCACUGCGAAGCUUUAAUAAGCAAUGUUUAAAAUAAGACUCUCAAUGAUUCAAAUUCAUAAUUAAAAGUUAAGGCGUAUCACGAUGAAUUUGAACGGAUAAAAAAUAGGUCAACAUAUACGUUAGAGAAUAAAGAGGUUGAAUUCUUAAUUAACUUUGUUUUGACAAAUGAUUAUCCUGAAAUGAUUGCCAGUGCAAUGUAAAUCAAAGAUAAGAAUAUUCAAGAAUUCACAAAUGAUAUUAACUAAUAAAUUAAUGCAAUUGAUGACUCACUUUCUGAACUGUACAAUCAAUUAGAUUCACAACUUUCAUCCUAAUAAAUUGGUAACUAUCCAUCAUUUGACUAAAAAAGUAAAAGCUUUCAACACAAUUAUUCAUUUACUCUUGGAAUCUUACCUAAGAGUCCAAAUCCAAAUUCAACAUAAGGUAAGUCAAAAUCUCCCUUAAGAUUAACAUCUACAAAUCAAUCAAGAAUAAAGACACCUGAAUCAAGCAAGAAAUAAACACCUUAAAUUGGAUCAAACAGUAGAAUUUAGAUAUCAAAGUUUCUUGUAAGUUCUCCUCAAAAGGAAGAGGAUGACUACAUUACUAAAAAUAAAAAUCUAGAAUCAUUAAUCACAAAUGUAUUGAUGAUCCAUUUGCCAACCAAAUAUUUGAAUGAUCACUUGCCAUUUUUUAAAAGUAAUUAUACUGAAUUCUAAGAUUACAAUAAUAUAACCCAGCAGGAAAAAAUUUAGUUAAUUGAGGAUCUAAACUCUUAAUUACUCUAUGUAUUGUGGGAUAAUCUAAUGAUAGAAUGGUUAAAGCCUUCUUUCAAUUUCAAUAUCCUAUAAAUCAAAGUUUAUGAAAUUGAGAAUAACUUCAAUUCAUUUCUAGAAUUAUUUGAUAAACAAUUAAAAUUGUACGAAUUCGUUGCUUAUGUAAUCAAAUAAAAAGUGAUUAAACCAAAAAUUGAUUAUUAGACGUGGUUCAUUAUAGCAAAUAAGGCAACGAAUUCAUUUAAAAUGUAUAAUAUUAAACCAAGUGGAAAGAAAGUUAAUAAGGAAUUGACAAUUGAAGAUUAGUCCUUUUCUUGCAUAGAUCAAUUAAAAUCUGCUAAUGUAUAUGCGUAAUUUCCAAAAGUGCUUUAAGAUCAUCUAAAUGGAAGUUUUACAAUUGAAAGGGAUCUAAAAAUUAUCAUCAAAGGAAUCAUAGAUCCAAAUUUCUAAACUUAGCUUUUAGCUGAAAGAUUAUAAAUUUUAUUAAAUUUGGUUAUGAACCCCUAGGCAUCCGCUAAUCUCACAUUUUAGAAUAUUGAAAAACACUUCGAUUAAGUUCUCAUCAAUUUCAAGUAUUUUAUUAACUACCUUAAUCUCUCAUUAAAAGAUACGCUGUAAGGUUGA